UGCGAUGGCGGCAUCGACCGCAAGGGCAUCGAGAAGCGCGUCAGCCUGAUCAAAAGCGUUGCCCAGGUGAAGGGCACGCUGGCGUUCAAGAGGGACCAGUGGACGCAGGCUCUCAAGGAGGUGGCCAAGGAGAAUCUCAGUUUCAGGAGCCGAGGGGAGCAAGCGACGUGGCAGACCGAGCUGCAGAGACGUCUCUCUAAGAUGUGCCGCCACGCGGGCCAGUACCUGAUCAAGGAAUCGCCGCCGAAGUGGUUCAGAGCCUUGAAGAUCCCGAGGCCGCGCAUAGUGGGCGACGACAACGGCGACGAGGACUCGGGCGACUUCGAGAUGCAGGAGGAGGACGCCGAGGAGGAGAACCCUGAUGACUUUGCUCCUGACAGCGAGCUUGCAGAUGACGAGGCCACGGGCAGGGUGAACGCGGAGACCAAGGCUGAGCAGAAGUCCGAGACCAAGAGCGCCGAGAGCAAGAACCCCGAGACGAAGUCCGAGCCCGAGAGCGCCGAGAAGGAGUCCAAGCCGCAGGUGCAGUACGACCACGGGUACGAUGCAGACGCCCGCUGCGCUUUCAGGACGCGCAAGGGCGGCAAGAAGGUCUACCACCCAGAGUACGCGAUCAGCAUGCACGAGCCGCCAAACGCGAAGAUGACGGACAGCAUGUCUGCGACCUUCAAGAACACUGAUGGCACCCUGGAGACGGUGAUGGUGGCCCAGAUGACGGUCGCCAAAUGGCGGGCGAGUGCCGAUGGCAAGAAGGAGCCAGUCGACGGUGGCGGCGCAGGUGGCAAGAAAGAUCACCACCCCAUGAAGGCGACCAAGGGGCGCGCGGCCGACAGGCAGGGCUGGGUUGACACGGACAAGGAUGGCACUAAAGUCGAGGCGUUCAUCCGCAGCGACGACGCCAAAGGCAAACCUCCCAAAAGGCUCGCCGUCGUCGCGGUGGACGGCCACGCCGUGGUGACCAUCAACGCGCAGCACUUCGAGGAGACCGCCGAGAAGAACAAACAGGCGGCUGGCUUGGCGUGGGCAUCAGUCAUCGCGGAGAAGCUGGCAGCAGGGACGAUCGAUAAGGACGAGGCCAUCAACGCUAAGAUGGAGAAACUGUCGGAGAGCGGCUUCGAGUCGCGCGUGUCCAAAAAGAGGCCAGCGGCAGCGGUCAGUGCUUCGGCAGGUGCUUCAGCUACAGGUGCACAGAUGAAGAGGCCAGCGGCAACGGUCGAGGCCGACAAGCCGACACCUGCAGCUUCAGAGGGUGACGGCACGCCUGCUGCUGCGACCCCACCGCCCAAGAAGAAGGCGGAGUCGCCGAUCGCUCGCAAGACCCAGCUGUCGCCGCCGACUCCUUCAUCGGAUGAGGUGUCGGAGUGA